AUGGCUGUGCUGCAAUUUAAAUUGGCUGCUGGUGCCUUUUUUUUAGCAGCAGUGAACAGUAACCCACGCGUGAACAGUACCGCGCGUGUGAACAAUGUUCAAGUAUUUACUCUUGGUGGCAAUAGUUGGAGAAGUAAUGGGGAAGCUGGUUACCAGAUUAAUCCAUUUAGCUCACAAGGAUACGUGUUACAUGGAAAGAUGCAUUGGUUGACUCGAUUAGGAAGCUAUUAUGGACAUUAUGACAGGCUCAUCGUUUCCUUUGAUUUAGCUGACGAGGUAUUUGGUGAAGUACCAAAGGUUGAUUUUAACGUCGACCUAAGAAAGGGCAAGUUUCAUCUUGCAGUUCUUCGAGGUCGUCUUGCUGUUGCUAUAAAUUUCCCUCACCAAGAUCGUGGAGGAACCGAAAUUUGGGUUAUGAGGGAAUACAAUGUGAAAAAGUCUUGGGUGAAGGAGUUCUUGAAGAAUGGAGAGCUCUUGCUGGAUUAUAGAUGUGGCAGUUUGAUUUCAUAUGAUCCUCAAAAUGGUGUCUUUAAGAUGCUAAAGUUUCAAGGAAUGCCUAAUUUGUGUGAGGGGAUGCCUAAUUUGUUUCAGAUGAUUGUUCAUGUUGGUGGCCUUAAUUGGAUUGAUAUACCACCCGCAGAUCUUUGA